GCUCUGAAGUUGCCUCUGCCCUCUUGGAGACGCACACCCUCCUUUGAAUUGGCCUGCACUUCCAUCCUGUGAAGUGCCCAGAUCCUGGCUUGCUAGUUUUCACAGCCAUGGCAACGGAAGAGAAGAAGCCAGAUUCAGAAUCAACCAAAACACAAUCAACUCCCUCCUCUUCAACCAAUCGGAGCAAGCCUGCCCCUGUAAAACCAAACUAUGUCCUGAAGUUCACGCUGGCAGGACACACGAAAGCUGUCUCAUCAGUGAAAUUCAGUCCAAAUGGGGAGUGGCUGGCUAGUUCUUCGGCUGAUUCGCUUAUAAAAAUCUGGGGUGCCUAUGACGGCAAAUUUGAGAAAGCCAUAUCUGGCCACAAGCUGGAAAUCUCUGAUGUCGCUUGGUCAUCUGAUUCAAACCUCCUUGUAUCUGCCUCAGAUGACAAAACUCUCAAAAUCUGGGAUGUGAGCUCAGGGAAAUGCUUGAAAACCCUGCAAGGGCACAGCAACUAUGCCUUCUGCUGCAAUUUCAACCCACAGUCCAACCUCGUUGUCUCAGGAUCGUUUGAUGAGAGUGUGAGGAUAUGGGAAGUCAAAACCGGGAAGUGCCUAAAAACCCUGCCAGCCCAUUCUGACCCGGUUUCAGCAGUGCAUUUUAACCGUGACGGCUCUCUGAUAGUGUCCAGCAGCUAUGAUGGCCUCUGCCGAAUCUGGGAUACAGCAUCAGGACAGUGUUUGAAAACACUGAUUGACGAUGACAAUCCCCCUGUGUCUUUUGUGAAGUUCUCUCCCAAUGGCAAAUAUAUUCUAGCUGCAACGUUGGACAACACUCUUAAGCUUUGGGACUACAGCAAAGGAAAGUGCCUAAAGACCUACACAGGCCACAAGACCGAGAAGUACUGCAUCUUUGCCAACUUCUCCGUUACUGGUGGAAAGUGGAUCGUGUCCGGUUCAGAGGACAACCUGGUUUACAUUUGGAACCUCCAAACAAAAGAGAUUGUGCAGAAGCUGCAAGGGCAUACAGAUGUUGUGAUCUCUACAGCUUGCCAUCCAACGGAGAACAUCAUUGCCUCAGCAGCUCUAGAAAAUGACAAAACAAUUAAACUUUGGAAGAGUGACUGUUAAAAUGCUUUCAGAAUCACUUCAGAGACUGCUGGGGGGUGUCUG